GAAGAAGAAUGACCACCCGUAGCUAUGCCGCUCUAAUCCUUGCUGCCUGGAUCAAUGCGGUCUUCUGGGCUUCCAUGCCUGCUGUAGGCUGGGCUAGCUACGCCCCGGAUCCGACUGGAGCAACCUGCACAGUAAAUUGGAGGAAAAAUGACGUGUCCUUUGUUUCCUACACAAUGAGUGUAAUUGCUGUUAAUUUUGUUGUACCUUUAACAGUCAUGUUUUACUGUUAUUACAAUGUUUCCCGGACAAUGAAACAAUAUGCCAGCAGUAAGUGCCUGGAGAGCAUCAACGUCGAUUGGUCGGACCAAGUAGAUGUGACAAAGAUGUCUGUGGUGAUGAUUGUAAUGUUCUUGGUGGCGUGGUCUCCAUAUUCUAUUGUGUGUUUAUGGUCUUCCUUCGGAGACCCAAGGAAGAUUUCUCCUGCCAUGGCCAUCAUAGCUCCGCUAUUCGCAAAAUCUUCCACGUUCUAUAAUCCCUGCAUUUAUGUCGUCGCAAACAAGAAGUUUCGGAGGGCAAUCCUGGCAAUGGUGCGGUGUCAGACAAGGCAGGAGAUCACGAUAAGCAAUGCCUUGCCCAUGAGCGUAUCUCAGAGUGCGCUGACAUCGUAG